ACAGACUAUUUUGCUUGGUGGGCAGUUUACAUCAGGUUACAAUGUCUUUGUUGUUUCUCUUAUCAUUGGUACUUCAUGUAUCAUGUCAACCAUUUUUUGGUUCACUACCUCCUCGUCCAACUACUGGUGUAAGAUUGUUUCUUGGUGAGGAGAAUGUGACUAUUGCUAAUUUCUCAAUGAUAGCUGCUGGUUUGUUUCAUGAUAAUGAUUUAGAUCAAGUUGAUAAUGACAUUGGUACUGGUAGUCCUGAUGGUCAGAAUGAUGGUUUGUGGUGUCAGAGUUCUCUUAAUCAGAAUAUGAUAGGAACAUGGUAUUAUCCUGAUGGAACAACUGUACCAUUGGGUUCUGGUAGUCCUCUGUUUGCUAACAACACUGCUACUGGUCAAAUUGGUUUAUUAAGAAAUGGAGGAUUAGGAAAUAUUCAAGGACUAUACAGUUGUGUUAUACCAAAUGGAGAGGGAAUUGAUCAGACACUGUAUGUUGCUACUUAUGGUAAUGGAGAUUUCCUUAACUAUGAUGAACUUCCAGUUAUUGAUGGUAGUGGUUCCUCCUUCCAGCUCCUCUCAUCAGUUGAUGCUGAUCCUCCAGUGUUUAGUUUAUCAUUUAAUGUCACUAAUAGAUCACCAACAAUAGUCAUUUGCUCUGUUGAUAAUGGAAACCAGUUUAAUGUAUCUGAUAAUGAUCUGAUACGUACUGUAACACCAGUUAAUAAUGAUGUACAAGUACAAGUAUCAGUAAUAUUGAGAAUGAGAGUGUCUGGCCUGUAUAAAUGUUCUGUUACUACUGACAGAAUUACAACUACACCUUUAGUAUCUACUAAUAUGGUAAUAAGGAAUGUUACUGUAACUGGAUCUCCGUCAAACUUGACCUACAGCAGAAUAAGUCUUCUCUCAGUUACACUAGGCUGGUCUCCCUCAGCAGUGAUUAGUGCUACUCCUCAGUAUCAUGUCUUUGUUAAUAACAGUAACGGUAUUAUUAUGAAUAACAACACUACUAAUACUGAGCUCUCUCUCUCAUUAAGUCCUGAUGAUGAAUAUAAUAUUAGACUAGUAGCUACUGGUGAAGACUUACCUAGUGAAAUAAUCACUGUUACUAUUCCUCAAACUGAUCCUAUUGUGUCUAUAUUCUCAAGUCAACCUGUAUUUGCUGGUCAAUCAUAUUCAUUAAACUGUACUGUCACAAUAGUAGCUGGAGACCUCAAUAUAACAUGGUUUGAUGGCAGUGGAAUUCAAUUAACUGAAGGAAAUGGAAUAAGUUUUAAUUUAGUUACUGUUUCUGACACUGUACAAAGAUAUGAUUUGAUAUUUCAUUUACUUAACUAUGCAGACAUUGGAGAAUAUUUUUGUCAAGCUAGUCUUACUGUUGAUGGAGAUGGUGUUCUGUUUAAUGGAACUGGAUCUGCUAAUACAACUGUUAGUAUAAGAAUACCAUUACCACAAGUAUCUAUAUCUCCUGAUGGUAAUUUUCCUCUUAUUCGUGGAACUGUUAGAACUGUUAGCUGUUCUGUUGUUUUCACUCCUCCUUUACCUACUAAUCCUAAUGUCUCAUUUACUGUCUUCAAAGAUAAUGAUCAACUAUCAGUUGAGAACAGUUCCAGAGUAAUAGCAGUUCAGACUGGAACUACUGGUGCUCUUACCUUUCAACCACUCAAUUUCUCUGAUGCUGGUAAUUAUACAUGUACUGCUACAGCAAGAGAUAGUGCUAAUAAUCCAUUAAUAAUACCAAGCAGUGCUUCUGAUCAGCAUAUUGCUACCAUACAAGCCAUUCCUGUUCCUAAUAUCACAUUCACUACUACUACUGGUAGAUCACUGGGAGAGAGUUUAACUCUUAAUUGUACAGUUGAUGUGCUAGAUGACCUAUACAAUAUUAAUGUUACUAGCAGUAUAGUAAGAAAUGGAGAACUCAUUACUAGUACUACUAGACCUGGUGAUACUACAGCAAUGAUUAUGAUUCAUUCAAUAAGAUCAUCUGAUGCUGGAGACUAUCAAUGUAUUGUUAAUAUCACUCAAUCUGAUAUAGACUAUGAAUUUAAUGGAAUGGAAACUGCCCAAGUGAUACUUACAUUACCAACUCCUUCAGCUAUUGUUGAGUAUAAUGCUACUGGACAUUUAGUAGAUGGAGAACUAGCAGAAGGACAGUUUCUUGAUAUUAUGUGUAUAGCUGACAUCAGUCAAUAUAUUGAUACUAGUGUUAGUGUUACUAUGAGUUGGAGGAGAAAUAACACUGUACUGACCAAUGGAAGUGAUUUUACUAUCAGUCCUCCAGUUAUGACUAAUAAUCAGUACACUGGUGUGUUACGUAUUAAUAGUUUGAGAGAUGAAGUUGAUAAUGGUGCUAGUUAUAAUUGUUCAGUUAGUGUGACUCCUAACACUCUUUCUAUAAUAGCAGGGAAUGAUAAUAGCAGUGCAGUUACAUUAACUGUAGCAAGGUUUGAUAUCAAUCAUGUUGAUAUAAGUAUCAAUAUUCCUUCUGUUCCUGUUUCUGGUGACGUAUUCAAUUUAUCUUGUGUUAUAGUUGUACCUCCUAAUUUUGUCGAGAAUUUUACUAGUGUCAGAUGGACUUAUGAUUUAGAAGCAUCUCAAGAUGUGACUAGUGAAAACAAUGAUGCUACACUAGUACCUGUUGUUAGAAAUGGAAAUAUAUUCACCAGUGUACUUACACUUGAUCCAGUGAAGACAACUGAUGCUAGACAAUAUUACUGUCAAGCAACAAUUCUAGUGUUUGGUAUUGUAGAUCGUACUAACAGAGAUUUAACUGUUCAAAUAUCUCCUCCCAAUGUAUCAAUAGUUGCUGAUCCUCCAACUGGUCCAAUAUAUGAGAGUACAGGUUAUAUUCUAACCUGUACAGCUACAGUAAACACUACAAUAGUGGAUACACUGGUAACUGGUAGUGUAGUAUGGACUGAUCCUAGUGGUAAUGUAAUACCAACUAAUGAAGCAAGACGUCAAGUGAUACCUCCAACUGGUAACAGUCUUGUAAGCAUGCUAUUGUUUCUACCUAUUGAUACUGGUCUUAAUAAUGAUGGAGGAACAUAUACCUGUCAAAUGAUCAUCAAUUCUGGUUAUGCAUACUCAAUGAUAGUAUCAAGUCAACCUACUGAUACUACCCUUGCUGUUACUGUUGAAAGUCUUCCUCCAAUGACAGUAAAUUUCUCAUCAGUUGGUUCAGUUGGAGUUGGUCAGAGUCUAACUAUAACAUGUACCAUAACAACAGUUGAGAGAUUAGUAGUAACACCAAUGGUUACUUUCACCAAAAUAAAUGAUACAGAUAUGGAAAUGCUCUCUAACUUACAUAGACCAUACAGUAUCACAACAGAUGAUACUGGUUCAGUUACUAACUAUACUCUAAUACUGGAUCCAGUGAGGUUUGAAGAUGCUGGAAUGUAUACAUGUAUGGCUGAGUUUAAUGUAACUGGUUUUAAUAAUACCAAUGAUCCUAGCACUGCUACUUAUGAUUAUCAAGAAGCUAGUGAUGCCUUUAAUUUAACUGUUACCUUUCCUCCAGUACUUGUUACUAUAUCAAAGGAACAUGAUGAUACAUUAUAUGCAGGGACACCAUUCUUCAUUAAAUGUGACAUAAUGUUGAAUCCAUUAGUUACUAUACCAGUGACUGUCACUAAUCAAUGGACACGUGAUGUUACUAAUGUUCCUAUGGGUUCAUCUGAUGCUACUAUUACUGAGAGUCUCAAUAUGAUCAAUACAUUACAUUAUAAUGCAACAUUAAUGUUCUAUCCAUUGGAUAAUGCUGAUGAUAGUGGAGUGUAUGCUUGUAACAUUGAAGUGACUGCUCCUAAUAGUUAUACAUACCUCAGGAAUACAUCAGCUAGCACUAAUACUUCUAUUACAGUAUUGGCUACUCCAGUGCCAGUGGUAGAGAUAGUGUAUAUGGGUAUGGCUGAACCUGGUGAAGAAUACAUGUUAAAUUGUACAGUGACAAUUGUUGAUAGACUCAUAGUCUCACCAGUGAUAACAUGGACUAAGAGAUCAGCUAACAAUGUUAUUAGUGUGCCUCCAGAUUUCAUGAUUGUAUCUAAUGUAAUGAGUUCUCUUUAUUUGAACUUCUCUUCUCUCAAUACUUCUGAUGCUGGUCUGUAUACUUGUGAAGCCUCCAUUAAUGUUAGUCAAAUAUCCAUUGUAGCAAGGAGUAAUGGCACAUCAAACUUGCCCUUAGAAAUUCCUAUUCCAUCUGUUGAUGUGAGUCGAUCAAAAAAGAAUUAUUUCUUUGCUGGUAGUAACCUGAUACUAACAUGUGAUAUCAGUGUUGAUCCUAAUGUUGAUACACCAUUCACUGUUAAUGUAACCUGGAACAUGACUGAUCAACCAAUCAUGAGUAGUGGGGAUUUUGCUACUAAUCCUAAUUCAAUGAGGCUUGCUGAUACAAAUCGUGUUAAUAUCAGCUCUGUCAUGAUGAGAUCAGGUUUCAAUGAGUAUAGAUCAACACUUAAUUUCACUACAUUGAGCAGUAUUGAGGAUUCAGGAACAUAUACAUGCAUUGUUACUAUAGUACCAGAUCCAGCUUAUGAAUAUGUUAUGACUUCUGACACUAAUUAUAUGAAUGUUACCUUAACAGUUACUAAUCCCUUGAUUGGGGGAUUUUCUACUUCUCCCAAUUCCUUUUUGGGUCUAGAAGCAUCAUGUCCUGAUUCAGACCCAUAUGAUAACUUCAUUCUCACCUGUACAGCCACUAAACCAACCAUAGUAAUACCAAACCUGGUAAUAGCAUGGACGCAUAAUGGUACAAUAGAAACUGGUACUGUGACUACUACUGCAGAGAAUAUGACUACCACUGUUACUAAUACAUUGAGUUUUAGUGCCAGUAGGCCUUCUGAUUCUGGUACUUAUAGAUGUACUGCUAGUAUUACUAUACCUGAUUCAACUGAUAUUGCUACUAGUGAGGAAAGUACUGUGGCUAUAAGAUCUCAAAGCCUACCUGUUGCUGCUACUAAUGUCAUGGCUACUCCAGGAAAUACUGCUCUUAAUGCUACUACUGCUGCUAUAUCAUUCAUAAUACCUAACAUUGCCUAUACACCUGAAGCCUACAGUGUGAAGUAUACUGGAAUGACCUUUCAAACAACAGAACAAACUUCUAUGAUAAGAAUGAGCUCUGAUGACAUCACUGCAACUAACCAAGAAUUUACAAUCAUGUUGACUGGCCUUGAGGAAGAUAACACUUAUACAUAUACAGUUGAUUCUACCAAUUGUCUUGGUACCACUAGUACUGUACAGAUGAGCUUCAGCACACUUCCAACAUUACCAAUGGCUUCUCCGAUGAAUUGUUCUAAUAUAACAUUCUUCCUAAGUAAUGUCACUCUUACCUGGACUGCACCACCACUAAUAGAUCAAAAUGGAGGACCAGUUGGUUAUAAUUUAACAUGCAUGAAUACUAAUGGUGUAUCAGUCAAUGGAUUGAUUCCAACACGAUCUUCAACGGACACAAUGUUCACUAUUACUGAUGUUAUGCCUUUUACUGUUUGGUAUAAAAAAAAGUCCAAAAAGUUUGACAUAAAUAAAGCCAAUGAACUCAGUGUAGCACCUAAUGCAGGAUAUGGUUUAGUAGCAAUUGCUAAUACUUCUGCAACACAAAAUAAUGAAGGAAUGUAUGAGAGGAUUGAUGAAUAUUUAUAUGAACCAAUAGAUGAUAAAGUUGUGCAGCAAAAAGAAGAAGAUACACCAAUUGUAGGAGACAGUGUUGAUAAUAUACCAAUAGCCAACUGUCCUGCAUAUGCUACCAGUCCUAUUACUGCUCAAACUUCUAGUCCCAAUCAAGGAGAGACAAAUGAGGAGCAAGAUGUUGAUGAGUAUGAAAAUAUGUCUUAA